AUGGCACCCGUAGGGACAGGAACAGGCAAUGUCUCGGCCGCGAGAGCUCGUCUCUCUGGCCCAUCAGGCAUCAAGGGCAUCAUAGCUUCUGGUAAGACUACUGGUAUCGCCUUCUUCGCAUCGCUGGGUGGCUUUGUAUAUGGCUACAAUCAAGGCAUGUUCGCUCAGGUCUUGACGAUGAACUCCUUCAUCAAAGCGACCCAAGGUUAUGCUGCAACAACUGGUAUCGACCAAGGUCUAUUGACCUCGAUCCUCGAACUCGGUGCUUGGGUUGGUACGCUUAUCAACGGUUACCUGGCUGAUGCCGUUGGACGACGAUGGUGCGCGAUGAUCGCAUGUGUUGUUUUCACUGUCGGUGUCAUCGUUCAGGCCUGCACUGUCAACAAAGACUACGUUCUUGGAGGUCGCUUCGUUACCGGUCUCGGUGUUGGAUCGCUGUCCAUGGUCGUACCUCUCUACAAUGCCGAACUUUCACCCCCUGAGAUCAGAGGUAGUCUGGUAGCAGUGCAACAACUUGCCAUUACUUUUGGAAUCAUGAUCUCUUUCUGGAUUGGUUAUGGAACAAACUUCAUUGGAGGUACCGGUGAUGGUCAGUCGUCCGCCGCUUGGCUUGUACCCAUCUGUAUCCAGAUUCUCCCCGCCCUCAUCCUAGGAAGUGGUAUGCUCUUGUUUAUGCCUGAGUCGCCACGCCACUUGAUGAACCAAGACCGUGCAGAAGAAGCGCUUACCACUCUCGCCCGUCUACGAAAUAAGAGUACAGAAGACAUGGGAGUGCGUGUGGAAUACCUCGAGAUCAAGGCUCUUCGCGACUUCGAGGUCGAAACAGCCCGAGCAAAAUACCCGCAGUACCAGGAUGGAAGCUUCAAGAGUAACUUCCUCAUCGGCUUCCACGACUACGCGUCCUUGAUCACCAAUCCCUCCCUUCGUAGACGAACCAUGGCUGCCUGUCUUACCAUGACAUUUCAGCAGUGGAAUGGCAUCAACGCUAUCAACUACUAUGCACCUUACGUCUUCAGAAACUUUGGUUUCGAAGGAAACACACUCGCACUAUUGGCCACGGGUGUCGUUGGCGUGAUCGAAUUCCUCCUUACCAUCCCUGCUGUAUUGUACGUUGACAAGUUUGGCCGCAAAUCCAUCCUACUGGCUGGUGCAAUUGGCAUGGGAGUAUGUCAUUUCAUUGUCGCUGGUCUUGUCGGAUCUUACGAGGAUAGCUGGUCUUCUCACCUCGCAGCUGGCUGGGUCUGCAUCGUUUUUGUCUGGCUGUUUAUUGGAUGUUUCGCAUUCAGUUGGGGUCCCGUUUCGUGGAUUGUCGUUUCGGAAGUUUUCCCACUCAGCAUGCGCGCCAAGGGAGUCUCUCUCGGUGGCAGUGCCAACUGGCUGAACAACUUCGCUGUCGGCAUCUCGACCUCGCCCUUCAUUGACACCUCCCAAUUCGGUGCUUUCAUCUUCUUCGGCUGCAUGUGUGUUCUCGCCACGCUCUGGGUCUAUUUCAUGCUUCCCGAAACCAAGGGUCUUACACUGGAAGAAAUGGACGAGCUGUUCGGAGAUGCUGGAUUCGCUCAGGCUGAUCUGGCACUCAAGCAGAGGAUUGAAAAGGACAUUGGUCUUACUGCCUUGUUGUAUGGAGAUGACGAGCCCAUGAUGACUGACAAGGUCGCUGCUGGAGGCAAGGGCGAGGAAAGAGAGUUCAAAGAAGAUGCAAAGAGCAUUAGUCUCUGA